UGUGAAGGUAAAGAGUUAACAGUUACUGCAGCUGCUGACGAGAAGAAGAAUUCUACAGACAGUCAGCAGGACAGUAACGUGGACUCCACUUCAUCUCUGAGAGAAAAUACUCAAACAGAAGAAAAACAAGGUGCGGGUUCUGGAGAGGACAGUGAUGUUCUGAGCAUCAACGCAGAUAUUGACGACAGUGACAUUGAAGGUCACAAAGAUGUCAAACCUGAAGAAAUGGCAUCCAGAGAGGAAGCUCUGCCCCCCACCGUACCCGUCCAAUCAGCUGAGCCGAAGGUGGAGCUUCAGCAGGACAUCGACAGAAGCAUCAGUGAGAUUCUGGCUUUGACCUCCACUGAAACCAGCAAAGAUCUGCCGGGAGCAUCGCUGGAGAAACCAGCCAGCCCAGAAACAGCUGCUGUCGCUCCAAAAGAGCAGCCGUCUGUUCAGCAGCUGGAGUUACUGGAGCUGGAAAUGAGAGCCAGAGCCAUUAACCCUCUGGGGUCAUCAUACAUCUCCCAGACACAUGGAGACCUCCUGCAGUAG